AACAGCGGAAUCUAAUUACGAAAAUAUGGCACCUCAUAAUUUGAAUGUUCUUACUGAAAAUCGUCAACAGAAUCAAGCUGGAUGCCAAUCAACGCUUACUGAUGAAGAAGGUUCACUAAAUACAACUUCAUCAAGUGAUGAUUCAAUUUCAUUAGAAUCGGAUCAAUCUGGAGCAUCAACAAAUCGUGACGGUCGUACAUAUUCACCUGUAGUUGUUCCAACCAUUACGACAAUUCAACAGAUGUUAAUUGAGACAGCUGAAACUAAUGAUUUGGACUCGGUAAAAGAAAUUGAAUUUAAAAUUCAAGAUGAAGAUAUAAGUUUACAAAAAUUAUCAACUUUUUUACCAAAUUUAAACAAAAUUAAUUUGUAUGGUAGUGUUAUAAAAACAAUACGAGCAUUAGGAUCAGAACUAGAUAAUUUAAAAAUAUUGAAUAUUGGUAAAUGUAAUUUAGUAUCGUUGGAUGGUUUAAUGGGUCUGCCAAAUUUAGAGGAGUUGUAUGCUGAAUCAAAUUUCAUUGAAGAUGUGGGACCGUGUGCAUUUACAUCUAGAAUAAAAACGCUGAAUUUGAAUAACAAUAAAGUUUCUGAUAUUCAAUGUGUUGGAUUCUUGUCAUUGUGUUUGGAACUACGUCAUAUUUAUUUGGAAGGCUGUCCAGUAUCUAAAACAUCAGAUUAUCGACGUGUUAUGAAAUAUUUGCUGCCCCAAUUAGUUUCAUUGGAUGGUCAAAGUUUUGGAGUUCCAGGAAGCAAUUCGAUGUCUAUGAAUGAUAACAAACAAUCAACAGAAAUGCCCAAAAGGCCUUCAACAACGCGAACACAUAAUAGCAGCACACAUUCUUCACCCAAAGCCACGACACCACGACAGCAACAUCCUAGUAGCUUUCUUCGGAAUUCAUCCGACUUUUCUAGACCAUCUUCAUCACAAGAUAUUACUGAAAUAUUGAAUAUAUCGCAGAACGAUGUUUUUGAAACGUCACUAAAACCUCAUAUCUUAACACGUAAUAUAAUAAAACUACCGCCAUUAAAAAAUACUCGGAUUAUUUCAACUCCAUUCGAUAAUCGACCGGCUACAACAAGUAGUAUCCCUUCUUCAUCUGCGAAAAUUGCUGACGAUUUGUAUCAAAUGAGGCCAUCAACAUCUCGAGCAUUUAGUAGAAGUGAUUAUAUAGCUGAUUUAGAAACAGUGAAAGAAAAAUUGAAAAAUUUACCGACAUUAUGUAAUCCAUUCUCAGGCGAUAUAUUUGAAGAAAUACAAUGGCGUGCACGUAGUGCUUUAUAUCGUUCACAAAUAGAAAAAUUGUAA